GUUUUCAGGCUUCAGAUUCCUCAGCGUCAUAAUCAUUGGAUUUGCACCACAACAACGAUAUCAUGGCCGACACCGAAAAGAAAGCCGGCGAUGACUUGGCUCUGCUAAAAUCUACUGUCGAAACCAUAAAAAACUUGAUUUUACAACUACAAGCUUCAGCGAAAGCUCCAGAAGAUGUGAAGGAGGGGUCAUCGACUGAGAAGAAAGAACCCAAGCACGCCGAUGUCAAUGCCAUCGACCUUGCCCAUGAUUCUGCGAGCUUAAUCAAAGCACACUCGACGAAGCUGUCUCUUUUGAUUAUCAAUAAGCCUUUUACACCUUCAGCGAUCAGUAAAGUUUUGCGAGAACUUGUGUCGGGACCUUUACCAGGCCUGGCAUCUGCUGUCGAAAUUUGCCAUGCUGCGAAAUACACUAAGGCUAUGAGUGAAGAGCUGCAAUGGAGAGUGAACAAGGUCUUGACGGAAUUAUCGACUCUUAUCAAAGCAAUUCCGUUAGAUGGUAACAUUCUGAGCGACGACAAGAAGAAUGGGACGGGUAAAUCCAGUGGGAAAGGUAGCUUGGCUUCGACAGGUGUUGUAUGGGACGCCUGUGAUUCUGUCAUGGGUCUGAAAACUUUGGGUGUAGCAGGCUUGGCUAUGAAGAAAGCUGUAGAAUAUCGAGACUUGGUGAAAGAUGCGCUCGAAGAAUUGCAAGCAUGGGCGGAGGAAGAAUCAGAUGAUGAGGAUGAGGGUGAGAACAGCGGUGAUGAAGACGACGAAAAAAAAGACCCUCAAGAUAUUGUGGAUGAUCUCUUUGGAUCGCAACCGCAUAUACCCAAGGACGACCCGGAGAAGAUUCGCGAAAAGCUCGAGUCGUCGACCAAAAGAUUGAGACUCAUAAUAUUGAUGUAUCAAGCGGUUGAGAAGAGAAGGUUCAAGACACUUCCCUACCUGCCACAUCCUGAAAUACCUACACAACUGAAGGAGAAAUCCUCCGAGGAUCCAGGUAUUGUGGAGUGCUUAGAUGAGGUACUUGUGAGAAUGAAGAAGAUCACAAACCUCACGGAUGAUCUCGCAAGUGCAUUCUAUGAUUUAGAUAGUUCUGCGAUUGACAAGCUCAUGGAUGAGACUUGGUUCACUGGUUUUGCUACAGUUGAGCUGUUAAUCAAGAAUUGGGAGGGACAGAAAGAUGAUUUCACUACUUGGGCAUACAAAUUUCAGCUGGCUAUGAAAAAGGGGUGGUAGUGUAGCGAAAGCAAAGACUUUUUGCUAAACCGCCUUCUUUCACUAUUACAUUGAGACUAUGAUUCUUGAAAGAUUUACUAGAUAUCAGCUAAUAGAGAGUAGCUUGAAUAUUACUUGAUCUAAGUUUUUACAUGUGUUCAGAAAGGAAAUGAAUUAGAUGUUAUUGGCAUGUUUAGAAUUUUACAAAGAUAUGAUACCCAGAUGCAAUACGAGACCAAACUUUUCA